AUUGGCAAAAUAUCGACAUGCAUUAACAGUGUUCGUAAACAACAUCCACAGUUUAAUCACACAAAUCGAGUAACGAUGACAGGACGCGGUAAAGGAGGAAAAGGUUUGGGUAAAGGUGGUGCCAAACGCCAUCGUAAAGUACUCCGUGACAACAUUCAAGGAAUAACUAAACCCGCCAUACGCCGGUUGGCUCGUCGUGGUGGUGUGAAACGUAUCUCGGGCCUCAUCUACGAAGAGACACGUGGAGUGUUAAAAGUAUUUUUGGAAAAUGUUAUCCGUGAUGCCGUCACCUAUACCGAACACGCCAAGAGGAAGACCGUUACCGCUAUGGAUGUUGUAUACGCAUUGAAACGUCAAGGCCGUACACUUUACGGUUUCGGAGGUUGAUAAUUUUAAACGGACUUCAACAAAUUAUAAAACGGCCCUUAUCAGG